CAGGCAGACAGGACUCACAAUACAGAUUCAGAAAUCGACGCUGUGGGCAAAAUGUUAUUGCACUGGGAUCAACUAUCGCCAUGGCAACGUGACAAUCAAUUUAUACAUUCAGGCUAUCGGACUGUGUCUAACUCGUUUCGCGCUUCGUUCGCAAGCCUUGGUUAUGUCCAUAACGAAUCCGUCAACAUCUAUUCUCAUCUCAUCCCUGCAAUUCUCCUUGCACUCUUUAGCAUCCCGCUUCAUGCAAAACUCAUGGCCGAAUACACAAGCGCCUCAACAUCAGAUACCAUAGCAUUGGGCUGUUUUGUCGUGGGAGCUGUCCUAUGCCUGUCCAUAUCAGCAAUCUUUCACACCGUCCAGAAUCAUUCCCUGCACAUAGCACGCAUUACAAACCAAAUGGAUUAUAUUGGUAUCGUAUUGCUAAUCGUUGGGAGCUUUAUUCCGAGUAUAUUUUAUGGGUUUUACUGUCACCCUAUUUUACAAACAGCCUACAUAACCAUGAUAGCUUUCCUUGGCCUAUUGUGUGCUGCUAUCUCAGCAGGUCCUCAGUUUCGGCAUCCUAGAUGGCGGCAUUUUCGUGCGAGGAUGUUUAUUGUCCUUGGACUGUCAGCAGUCUUCCCUUGUGUCCAUGGGGUCGUAAAGUUUGGCGUCAGGCAAAUGAAUAACCAGAUUGGACUUUUCUGGGUUAUUCUGCAGGGUUCGCUGUACAUCUCAGGGGCCUUUAUAUAUGCUAUUCAAUUACCCGAGCGUCUAUACCCUGGCGCGUUCGAUAUCUGGAUGAGCUCUCACCAGAUCUUUCACUUGAUGGUGGUCAUGGCCAUAGUAUUUCACCUUCAGGGUUUGAUUAAUGCUUUUAGGUACAAUCAUAGUUUCAUGGCCACACAUUGCUGA